GGAUUCGCCGACAGCCUCUGCAAAGACUGAGGGUGUGUCGCUUUUGCCACUGCACGCAAGCGACGUUGCUGCAGACACCCGGUGGGUAUGCUGGCUCGGGUCAGGAUCCAUGUGUGUCACCGACAGGAACGUCGGGCAGUACUUCAAUGGCAGCAGCCACUGCAGCAGCAUUGACGGCGGCGGCGAUGGCAGCAGCAGCGUCCAACACAGGGCUCGAUGAUAGCUUUGACAGCCCGUCGUUGCACCAUUUGUCGCAGUUCCUGCCAAACACAAUCGUCGGUCAGCGCCCUUAUAUCCCAGGCAGCACCUGCAGCAUCAUGCCGUUUGGCUCCAGCGCGAUCUCAGGACAGCAAAAUACGAUUUCGGCGUUCGCCACUGCUACCGGCGCUACUCCCGACCGCUUCCCCGACGAGAUCUUGCAAAUGCACAGCCAGCAGCUGUUUCCCAGCGACCAGUCCAGCUGUUCUAUCUCAUCGGAUGCACCGGGCGCAGCGGCCAUGAACAGACUGUACUCGGACAUGUGUCUGGCAGAGCUCACUGGCGGCGGCUAUUUACCAAUUGCCACCACAUGGGACAAGGAUCGCCACAGACAGCUUCGACGGAGGUGGGGAGAGACACAGAAGCAUGUGUCGAUCAUGGCCUGGCCUCGCUCGUGGAGACAGCCCAGUCGCCACUCGCGUCGUCGAAUCCCACCGCGCAGGUCUUUGCGGCGCUAGAUCAGCGUACACCCGAUGUGCCGUGCCUGGGUCCGCCACAGGCAAACCACACAGGCCGAAU